GAAAGAGCUGAUGAAGUUUGCGGAUCGAUCGGAGGAAAAGGUAGCAGGAAGAAUGCGUGCAUAAACACGUCUAUUAAAUAUCAGCGGGAAAAAGAGAGGCUUCAUAAUCGAUGAGACACCCCAGAGGGAAUUCAGUGACAGUUAAGUCAUGGAGAGAUUCAGUCCGCCAGCAACGUCGUUGAGGAAGAGAAUUAGCCCUCCGAUAGCUUGGAAUCUUGGCCUCACUAGCAGGGAUCCGAGAAUUGUCAAAGUAAUCCUACUGGGACAUCAGGGCGUUGGUAAAACCGCCCUGGCAGUGCGAUUCGCGACGAAACGGUAUAUAGGGGAGUACGAUUGUUCUAUCGAGAGGGUUUACAAAGUGGACAGUUUCCUGGAUGCGGCGUGGGAGAUAACUGAUCCCCCAGGAUAUCUACCACCUCCGUCCGAACUGAAAUUACGGUGGGCAGAUGCUAUCGUUCUCGUUUACUCGGUGUCGGAUCGUGUCAGCUUCGACGAAACAUCUCGUCUUCGAUUUCUAGUAUCACACGCGAGGAAAACUAGGAAGGUUCCACCGAUAGUAAUCCUAAUAGCGAAUAAAGCAGAUUUAACGUACACUCCUGGUGAAAGGGUAGUUUCUACGGCAGAAGGGCGUCAAAGGGCGGAAGAGAUCGAGGCCCACGCGUUUCAUGAAAUUUCCGUCAGAGAAUCUGUCGAACAGGUCAUGGCCGUUUUCACCGACAUCUCCAAGCUGUUGACGGAAUUGCCGGGAAAUUCUGGCCAGCAAACAAAUUCCUUCAGGGUGAGAGCCUCCACUGACGGCACCUUGGACGCUCUUCGACGCCCCUCGCCUGUUCCGCUCAAACGAAGAUUCAGCAUCUCCGUUCGAGGAACCCUUCAUUAAGCGAACACAAGCUUACAGCUUAAAACUACGCGCUUUCUAAUAAAGCUCCUGUUCUAAUCCUUCGAGUUUUGAGAAAUAUCGACUGUUCGUUGUCAAUUUGUAGUAUCGUGAUCGUUUAUUGUAUUGUAAAGGCGUAUUUUGUUCGUUUUUAAAAAUAUUUUGGGAAUCUUUUCGCUUUGAGAAAUAUUUUUAGAAUCUUUUCACACGUUGCGAUAUAUUUUUAGAUCUUAAACUUUUAAACUAUAUUUUUAGAUUAUUAAAUAACAUAUUCGUGGUCCUAGUCUUUGCUGAGUGAACUGCAAUAUGCGCUAUUGAAACAUGAUCAAAAGCCGAAGAACCACAAAUAUGUCAGUGAGAGAUAUUUUUGGACUGCUUUAUCUUUGGAUUUAACGCGAUUUAUUAAAAAUGUACUAUCGGCCAAUAUGGAGUUUCGAAUCGUUAUAUGUUUCAUGGAAAUAAAAAGUUUAAAGAAAAAUCUGCUGAUUAAGCGGUAAAUAAACGAUCGAUAAGUUCUGUUUAGUACCUCAAAUAUUUCUCUUACGUGUGAUAUUAAUGUAUUUAAAUUAUUGCUGGUAUUUGUCGAGUAUAUAUUUAACUGUAAAUUAUAUUGAUGUUAAGAAAUUCGAUGAAAUAAAAUUUGCACAAUAAUUAUUUC